UACAUCAAUACAAAUCACAGCCAGAUACUAGACAGCAUUGUGAGAGCUGGAUUCUGGGGUUAUACAUUACGGUACCAUACUGAAUCUGUGCAAAUUCUGAAAUCAGGUAGACUAAUUGUGAAUUUCGAGUAUCAAUAUGAAAAUUGAAGACAAACUAUCAGAAACAUUCGAUAAAAGUCAACAUGGACAUCAAAAUCAAGCUAAACUCGCAGAAGGAUUGAAAACAUUUUAUUCUAAGCUGAAAGAUAAUGACAAGCAAACUUUCCGAGAUGAGUUUAUUCAACAUUUGAAGCCAUGUUUGGUUGUGUUUACGAGAGAACCUGCUGUGGAACGAGUGAUGGAAUUUGUUGCACGAUUUGCAGCAUGUUUUGCACAAACAAGUGAUGAGGAUGAAAUUGAACCAGAGGUUGAUGCUGAUAACUUCUAUCAUUUCUUAUUCGGUUUUUUACUCAAGAACCAUGUUGCGCAAGGAAAAGCAGUUAGAUUUCGUAUCUGUCAGCUUGUCAAGCUGUUAUUGCAUGUUGUACCAAGGGAUGCAGCUUUGGAUGAAGACUUGGUAGAAAGAAUAUCUGAUUGUAUGUUGACAAGGAUGUACGACAUUAUUCCAUCCGUCAGAGCACAAGCAGUUCGAGCUCUCACCAGACUUCAACAACCUACUGAAAGUGACUGCCCGAUUAUUCAACGUUAUUUGUUCCUGCUUCGAUGUGAUGAAAGUGCAGAAGUUCGAAGUGCAGUUUUAUCUUGUAUUACACUCAGUACUCGAACCUUACCAGAAGUAAUGAAAAGAGUGAGAGAUGUGAAAGAAAGUGUUCGAAAAUUGGCAUAUCAGGUUAUGUCACAAAAAGUUAGUAUUCGAGCUCUUACCUGCUCUCGCAGAUUGCAUCUUAUUGAACAAGGACUACUAGAUCAUUCAGAAAGUGUUAAGAACGUUGUCAAAACACAAUUGUUACAAGCAUGGCUUCGAACUUAUGAGGGCAACAUCUUGGAAGUUUUAGAAAAACUUGACGCUAUUGGAUCUUAUAAAACUACUUGCAAAGCAGUCCAGGCUUUAUUUGAAUAUUCUCAAAUUGCUGAUCUAGUUUCAGGAUUCACUAUUCUAAAUGAGAAUAAUCUUAUCAGCUUUGAUAUUCUCACUCCUGAGUCAGCAUUGUACUGGUGUGAGCUUUGUCAAUUCUUGAGAUCGAAAGGAGUCGACUGUGAAGAACAUCUUGAAAAAUUACUUCCAUCACUCACUGAAUUUUGUGAAUAUUUGGAGCUUUAUGUUAAAAAAUUUCUGAGAGUUAACGAAGAGGAAAAUUCUCAAGAAGCUGAGGCUGAAGCAGAAGAAAAAGAAUUUAUAGCUGAACAACUCAUUAAACUUGCAUCUGGUUUUGAUCUGUCUGACGAUGCAGGUCGCAGAGUCUUGAAUGAGACAGUCCGAAGACUCACUCUGAGUGUUGAUGUAACUCACUUUUCUAUGAUUGUGCCAGCUCUUGCUAGAAUAUUAAAUUGUCUGCACGAUUCUGAUCAUGAAGCAGAUAGAGUUGAAAUGGCUGCUGAAAUGAUACAAGAUGCUCGCGAAAAAAAUGAUCCUGUGCCGUCACAAACUGUUGUGACACUAAGCGAGGAUGAAAUUCGCUCAAAACAAAUUCAACUUGCUCGAAUUCGAGUGAAAAUGAUCGAGUUGAGUGAGGUUUUAGAAGAGGAGAUAAGUGCAAAGAAAUUUGUUGAAGCUGCAGCAGUACAAAAAGAACUGGAUGGUCUGAAAGUUGAUAAAGCAGAAAUAGAGAAAAGUAUGGAACCACAAACUGUUGAAAUUGAUGGAAUGGGAGAAGAUUUUCCACCCGACCUGAAGAAUGAUCCUGCAACAAUAUUGAAAUGCUUACAAAUCACAAAAGAAGUUUGUUCAUCGAUAUCUUUCUUUGAUUCUGCCACAAAGCCAAAUGGAAAAGUAAAAAGAAGAUUGAAAUCUCUUCAUCCUACUCUUCUUGAGCUUGUCAAUACACUCGUUUUACCUUCGAUUGCAAACCCCCAUCCAGCAAUUCGUGAAGUUGCUGUUGAAUGUCUGGGAAAUUGUUGUCUUUAUUCAUUUGAUUUGUCUGCUCAACAUCUUCCGUUGUUUUUACAGAUUAUACAAGCUGAUGUUGUUGAGGUUCGAAUCAAAGCAUUGGGUGGUAUUGUUGAUGUAUUAAGAAUCUAUGGUGUGGAAGCAUUCGCUCCUAAUAAAGACAAGAAAAAGGAAAGCGAUCCACUCGCUAAUGAGGAAGAGGAUAAAGAAAGUGAUGAUGUUGAAGAUGAUGAGAAUAAUUAUAUCACUACUUUGAUUUUAACUAAAAUUGUUGAAAUGUUGGAUGAAGACCAUGCUGAUAUCCGACACGCUGCUGCUUCUGGUCUAGCCAUGAUACUUGUAUCUGGUAGAAUUGUCAGUCCUGCUAUAUUUUCACGACUUGUUUUACUUUGGUAUAAUCCAACAACUCAAGAUGAAUUCAGCACAUUGAAUAAAAUCAGCUGCUUCCUUGAUUUUUAUCCUUACAUGUGCAAAGCAACACACAACUGUCUUGAAGAAGCAUUCCUUCCAACACUUCGGACUCUAUUUGAGGCUCCAAACUCAUCUCCACUUGCAUCAGUUAAUAUACAGAAUGUUGCAGAAUUACUUGUUCAUCUGACAAAACCAUCAUUGAUAAAAAGUCUUCAUCGUGAUAAAGACAAUGAAGGAAAUGGAACAAAAUGGAGAGAACAAGUUGAUUGGCUUGGUGAUCGUUCAGCACACGAUGGAUUGGCAAUAAAGUUGAGCAAUGAGAUUCUGAGAGAUCCACAAUCAGUAAAUGUUGUGGUUUUAUCUCGCAGUUUAUCUAUGUUGGAAUUGUCAUCAAACCUGCAGGACAAUCUUAAAUAUCUCACAGUUUUGUGUGAAGAUAUGUUGGAAGUUGUGAAAAACAAACAAUCUUGGAGAUAUUUGAAGAAGUUCCAAUCACAAGUUUUAUCACUCAUACUUGUGAGGCCAUCGAGCAAACAACAGGAAAAUAUGAGCUGUGAAGAGGAGACCAUGAACGAUGAGAAUACUCAACAUUCUGAGGAAGCUAGUGAAGACAACAGCCAGGAAAAAACCUUGGUGCUCGAUGAAAACGAUACAACAUUCCAUAUACAAAGAAAGAGACUGAAGAACAACAAUCAGCCUCCAACAUCAGCUUUCACAAAUGCUUGAUUGUUAUUCAGUUCGAGCACUGAUACAGCUUGGCGAGUACCUGCGAGAUUUUGGUCAUCUCAUCAUCCAAUAUUCUGAGCAGCAAUCAUAAGCUUUCCUUUCCUCUUUUUUUCAUCAGUCUUCAUCUUGUCCAUAACCUUCUGCAUCCUUCACUUUCUCCAGUUUUUUAAUUAGUUCUGUUC